CCCGGGAGAGGCGGUGGGCGGCAUGUCGGGCUUGGAUUACCUCGCGGCCGAGUGCCUGGUUUCCAUCUCCAGCGGCGCCCUCGUCCACCCGGCCUCGGCCGCCCCCCAGGACGACUGGACGGCGCGCCCCAGCUGCCGCGCCACGGCUCUCCAGGCCGUGCGCCCCGGCGCCGCCCUAGCCGACGGCCUCCGCUCCUCCGCGCCGCUGCCCGCGGGGGGCCAGGGGGCUGGCGGUUUCGGGGCUUUCCAGGAGGGGCCCCCCGACGGCGCUCCCGGCCUGGCCCCCGCCUCCUCCUCCUCCCCCCCGAAAAGGCACCGGUGCCCUUUCCAAGGUUGCGCCAAAAUCUACGGGAAGUCGUCUCAUCUGAAGGCGCAUCUCCGGACGCACACGGGCGAGCGGCCUUUCUCCUGCAGCUGGCUCGGCUGCCAGAAGAGGUUCGCCCGCUCCGACGAGCUGGCCCGGCACUUCCGCACCCACACCGGGGAGAAGCGUUUCGCCUGCCCGCUCUGCGACAAGCGUUUCAUGCGCAGCGACCACUUGACCAAGCACGCCCGGCGCCAUCCCGCCUUCCAGCCGGGGAUGGUCCGGCGGCCCGCCUGCCACAGCGCGUCCCCCAGUGACUCGGUCGCCAGCAGCCUGGCUGGAAGUCCUGCCCCGGACAGCCCCACCUCUGAUGGCCCUGCACCUUAAAAAGUCGGGGGGCGGGAGCCCUGAUACACCUGGUGCU